GUUGUAUAGGUUACAACAGGCUACAAGUGUUGCCAAUAUUGUGUGGGUCAGCCCUUAACAGCCAAUGGAAACCAAAAGAACAUGAGAUUUCCAUUCAACAGUAAUGCAAUUCUUCAACAUGGCAUUAGAAUACACUAGAUCCUGGUUAGUUUGUCUGGCCUUUUUAUUAAGCUACAGCUGCACCGUAGAAUCUAAGCAGAGAAACGUGCUACUCAUCAUAGCUGACGAUGCUGGCUUCGAGACAGAGGUUUAUAACAACACAGUGGUUCGCACACCUCAUCUCCGCGCUCUGUCGCAGCGCAGCUUAAUAUUGCAGAACGCAUUCACAUCGGUCAGCAGCUGCUCCCCAAGCCGAUCCACCAUCCUCACAGGGCUCCCACAGACUGUUUAUAGAUACUGCUACCCAAACCAGCUACCCAAAGGCUCAUCAGCUAUGGGGGAGAGUUCCUGAAAGUGAAGGGGCACCUGCCAUCUGAAGUAGACCAAAUUUCCCUCACGGGAUCAAAAGAGUAUAUAUACUUAUACUUAUAUACUCUUGCGUCAAGCCGGACCCGGCGAAGGUGAAGGCGAUACGGGAAAUGUAGCCACCCACAAGCAGAGGGGAGUUGGAAACAGUCCUUGGGAUAAUCAAUUAUUUGGCCAGGUUCCACAUCUCUCCGAGCAUCAAAAUGGCAUGUAUGGUCUACAUCAGGGUUACCAUCAUUUCAACUCAUUUGAUGGUGUCCAAAGUCUCCCUCUGCUCCUGCAACAAGCCAACAUCCGCACAGGUAUUAUAGGGAAGAAACAUGUUGGUCCUGGGUUGGUUUACCCAUUUGACUUUUCCUACACUGAGGAGAACAGUUCUGUGCUUCAGGUGGGAAGGAACAUCACAAAAAUCAAACUUCUGGUACAUAAAUUUUUGUGGAGCCACAAAGAAGAGGAGCGUCCAUUUUUCCUUUAUGUGGCAUUCCAUGACCCACACCGUUGUGGUCAUUCACAACCACAAUAUGGUACCUUCUGUGAAAAGUUUGGGAAUGGUGACAGUGGAAUGGGACGUAUUCCAGACUGGGAGCCUAAGCACUACAGCCCAGAUCAGGUUAAGGUGCCUGAUUUCAUCCCUGACACCCCAGCUGCAAGAGCAGACCUGGCUGCCCAGUAUACCACUAUUAGCAGACUGGACCAGGGAAUUGGGCUGGUUCUGAAGGAGUUGCGGGAGGCCGGGUUUGAGGAAAACACCCUUGUCAUUUACAGCUCUGACAAUGGGAUCCCAUUCCCUAAUGGGAGAACAAACAUGUACAUGUCUGGAGUGGCCGAGCCCAUGCUUGUGUCAUCACCAGAGCACAGGCAGCGCUGGGGGGAGGUCAGUGAGGCCUACGUAAGCCUCCUGGAUGUCACCCCUACUAUCUUGGAUUGGUUCUCUAUUCCCUAUCCCCUCUAUAGCCUCACUGGGGGACCACUAGUCCAGUUAACAGGCCGGUCUUUGCUCCCUGCCCUAAGUACUGAACCAACAUGGUCUACUGUGUUCUUCAGCCAGAGCCUGCACGAGGCCACCAUGUAUUACCCCAUGAGAUCUGUAUACCAGGGGCCCUUCCACCUAAUUCACAACCUCAACUAUCGGAUGCCCUUUCCCAUUGACCAGGACUUAUAUGUGUCACCCACUUUUCUGGACCUGUUGAACCACACCCAGGCAGGGCAACCAACAGGUUGGUUCAAGACAUUAAGGGAUUAUUAUUACCGUGAGCGCUGGGAACUGUAUGACACACAAUCUGAUCCAACAGAGACCAAGAACCUUGCAUCAGACCCCAAUCACCUCAAUGUUCUAGAGACACUGAAAGCCCAGCUGCUGAAGUGGCAAUGGGCAACGUCAGACCCAUGGGUGUGUAGCCCAGAUGCAGUGCUGGAGGCCAAAAUGGAGCCACAAUGUAGGACACUAUGCAAUGGGCUGUGAGACCUUAAGUACCCACAAGGUUAUGAAAAAAAGGACAUUUUUAAUGUUAUUUUUGAAUAAUCAGUGUUUGACGAAUAAUUAAUCUACACAGCCUACAGUUGCAUUAGACAUAUUUUAUUAUAACAAAGGAAUUAACUGACACACAGGUAGACUUGACACACAGGUAGACCUGUGUAUUUAAUUACAGAUAAAUGUAAUGACGGUCUUUUUUUCUUACCAAACAAGAUGUGGCCUUAUUAUUAUCUGCUUAGUUAGCCUAUAGCCUAGAUGUUGCUUAUGUGGAUGUGUUUUGGUAAAUUGAUUGAACCUGUACAAUCUGCCUGAAACACUUUGUUAGUGUUUUCUUUACUGUUAUAAGAGCUGAUCAUUGAAUGAAUCGGCUAUGCAGCUUUCAAUAAGAAUUCAUAUUAUUUGCGUUUUGACAGCCUAUAGGCUGUUUCUUAACAAUAAAAGUUUCUCACA